AUGGAGUUCAUCAUAUCUACUCAUUCCCACGAUCUCGUUGUGGAUGGAGAUACCCAGAUGCCCAUCAUCUCAGAUGAUGGGAAGUAUAUAUUAUUAAACAGAAUUGAAGAUAAUACCUUGCAGUACUGCCCAAUUGAAGUUGUACAGAAAGUAUUUGGAAUACCUGCAGUUCAAUUUGUAUCCAAUGAAGUACCUAAGAUGGCCACAUCAACUGUCCGACCUGUACCAUCAAAAGAUAUACUCAAUCAAGUACCUGAGGCGUCAGCUACAAAGGAUGGCGAUAGAUCAAGGAUUUCAUGGUCAAACAACAAUAUUUUAAAACUGUUUGAUACAUAUAAAGAACAUUCUUCUUUAUUUAAAGGCCAAACAAUCAGGCAUGAAAAAAUUUGGAAAAUGAUUUCUGAUAAAUUACCAGGAUUUACUACUGAACAAGUUAAAAAUAAAUUUAAAUACCUUAAGGCCCGAUUCAUAAAAAAAAUUGAAAAUAUGUCUGAUAAAGCUAGUGGCGACGAUAAAUCCCCUGCUAAAACGGAGACAGAAGUUGAGGUUUUGCCUGCAGAAAAUCCUAUACCAAAAGCUUCAGAAUCUUCAAAUCCAAAAGAAAAGAAACUUGGUAACCAUGUCGAAAAAAUGACUGAGGUGUUAACUCAAUUAAGACAGGACUUAAAUAGUCGAGAGGUAGAACGUGAAAGAAGGCAUGCAGAAAAUCUCAGGCAGACAGAAGAGUCAACAGCUGCCUUUAAGGAAUAUAUUCAGUUUAUGAAGGAAAAAGAAAAUAAAUAG